GCUUACUUCCUUUGCUUCUCUUUUAUUCACACCCGCCUUUUUAAUUUCAUCAGUUCAUCACUUCCCCCAUGUGACUCUGCCUCUCAUUCCUCUAUAAAUUCAUGGCACCAUAAUCGCAACUUAUUUUUUUGUUGCUGUUUUUCUUGGGGACCCUUUUCCAGAUUUUGUUACUCAAAUGAAUUUCCUAGGCUCUUAAAAGAAGAAUAUGCAGAGAGAAUGAGGGGUGCAAAAUCAAUUGAUUGCCGUUAAUAAAUGUGAAAAAAUUCUUCAAUUAAGGAGUUUUUUUUUUGUUUUUGCUGAUUGCAGCACACUUCAUGUGCGCAAUCUACUGUUUCAGUGAGAUUUGCAGUGAGUGAACCCACCACAUGUGAAAGAUCAUGAGGGCUUCCACCGUCUUCAUCUUCUUCUUCUUCUUUUUCAGCGUGUCCAUUGUUCUCUGCUCUGUUGAUGCUCAUCCUUAUUCCAAUGAUGACCCUUUCAAGUCUAUAUUAGGUUCGUUCUUUUUCAUUCAUCUUCACAAUGCUACUAUAUUUUGGACUGUUUUCGGGCUUGCUUCUGAUAAAGUUUGGUUCUUGGAAUGUUUUUAGCUUUUGUGGUGAUUUUGAUAACCGGGUUAUUUCUUUCUCUCUUUUUUUUUUUUUCUCUCUUUGUACGAGGUAAAAGUCUUGGUCUUGGUUUGUUAUUUUCUUGGUAAUGGUUUUCUUGUGAUGAAUUAUUGUUUAUCUUUGAAGAAAGCUGGGGUUAUACAUAUUGUUUAACUGUGACCAUCUGGGUGUUUUUUUAUGCAUACUAAAAUGGGAUUGUUCAAAUGUCUAAAGUUUUGGUUUUAGAUGUGUUGAUGAUCAUACUUUAGUAUUUGCGGAGUGGAAAGUAGUCCGUCAAAAUUUCGAGUAUUUGAUAAUGACGUGAAUUAGAGAAUUUGCCGUUUUGGUUGUAUUAGAGGGGAAACUAACUUUGAUACUUCAUUUUAUUUUUUAGAAGAUUUCUUGGCGGUGUUAAUAUUUUCUCACAAAAAUAGCCUUUGUUGUUUCCCUUUGUCUUGCAUCUGGCAUCAUUGUUAUUCUUUUUGCGGAUUGUUGACCUGGUGACGUGCUGGUUAUUGGACAUCGUUAAUAGGCCAAUUUUAUGAAUGUUUGUAUAUUUUGGUAUGAUCUUAGUAACAGCAAAACUAGUGCUGUUUUCUGGGGGGGAAGAAAAGGAUUUAUUUUGAGAUUUGACUCAAAAAGAGGAGUUUUCCAAAUGUGUGGCUUCUUGCUUCUUUUGAUUUGACUAAAUUUCACAACUCAAGUUUUGUGAUUUUGAAAUUUUUGGAGACAUGUUCUUUCAGAAUUAUAGGAUCCUUUAAAUGAAACUCUUUUCUUAUUUCGAAUUGUUGCAAAUUGUUUGAUUCUCUUAAGCAUUAUUUGUUGGUUACUUUUGUUCUUUCCUUCUUCAGUCCGCUAGCCAUUUUUCCCUUGUAGAAGUUUCCUGAUGUAGAUAUGCUGAAAUAUGUAGGACAAGAGAACUUGGGGUUGUGGAAGGAUGGAAUAUUAAGCGCAGGUGCUGCACAAGCACCAGGGCCCUCUGAUGAUCAAUCUACGGGCACGCUUAUAUUGGCAGCAAUCAGAACAAAGAGACCAGACAUUCUUUCUGGUUUUAGAAAAUAUAGAGGUGGAUGGGACAUUGGCAACAAGCAUUACUGGGCUUCUGUUGGGUUCACUGGCGCUGCUGGUUUUAUUCUUGCUAUGCUCUGGUUUAUGUCAUUUGGUUUGGCUCUUUUGGUACGUCAUUUCUGUGGAUGGAAGAUUGAUAUCAAAGGCAAUGAAUCUGGCCGGUCAGAAAGAGUUUGUUUGAUGUUGCUCAUUCUCUUCACAUGUGUGGCAGCGAUUGGAUGCAUACUUCUUGCAGUAGGACAGGGUGACUUCCGCCAAGAGGCAUUGCACACCUUGAAGUAUGUUGUCAAUCAGUCUGACUACACAGUUGAUACAUUAAGAAAUGUCACAGCAUACAUGGAACUUGCAAAAACUGUCAAUGUUGCACAGGUUUUCCUACCUUCUGAUGUCAAAGAUGACAUCGAUCGUUUGAAUACUGAACUAAAUGCUGCAGCAGAUACCUUGAAUGAAAAAACAUUUGAGAACUCAGAGAAAAUAGAGAAAGUGUUCAACACCAUACGAUCUGCAUUGAUAGCUGUUGCUGUUUUGAUGCUUGUAAUUUCCCUACUGGGUUUAGUCCUUUCUGUACUCGGGUAUCAACAUGCAAUCUACGUAUUUGUUCUCAGUGGAUGGUUGCUUGUGGCAGUUACUUUCAUUCUUUGUGGAGUAUUUGUUAUCCUGAACAAUGCAAUCGCAGACACCUGUAUGGCAAUGGACGAAUGGGUUGAUAACCCUCACGCAGAAACUGCACUAAGUAAUAUCCUUCCUUGUGUUGACCAGUCAACCACAAACCAGACUCUAUGGAAGAGUAAACAAGUUGUCGAUGAUAUUGUAAAUAUAGUCAACAGAUUUGUAGACUCGUAUGCUAACCGAAAUCGUAGACAUCGACAUACGACUUAUUAUAAUCAGUCAGGGCCACUGGUGCCCCAUCUUUGUCAUCCAUAUGAUUCCCUUCUGCAAUAUCGUAAUUGCUCAGAUCAAGAGGUUUCUAUGGCAAAUGCUUCUGCGGUUUGGCAAAAUUAUACUUGCAACGUGUCACCUGAAGGGCUGUGCACCAGUCCUGGGAGGUUGACACCGGAGAUGUAUAUGCAAAUGGUAGCCGCUGUUAACAUCAGUUACGCUCUCGAUCACUAUACUCCACCUUUGCUGAGUUUCCAGAACUGUAACUUUGUUCGUGAUACAUUCCGCAACAUCACCCUGAAUUACUGCCCCCCGUUGGAGCACUACCUUGGAGUUGUAAAUGCAGGACUAGCUAUGAUCUCUGUAGGAGUGAUGCUCAGUCUCGCGCUGUGGAUUCUCUAUGCAAACCGCCCCCAAAGGGAGGAAGUGUUUGCGAAGUUUAGUUUACGGAUUAAAAGUAGCUGCAAUGGUAAGAAAAGCUGCAGGAAUAACGUCGUCGAUUCCUCGCCUAGAAACCCUAAUCCAGGAGAUGUUCAGAUUAGAGUAGAAUAAGGUUCAACAAUAGUAACACGAUAGGAGAAAGAUCUACAUCUAAUUUAGAAGAGAUUAGAUUUUGUCCUUUCACAUCUGCCAAGCUCAAGAUGAGGCGAAGCAACACUUGAGUUGUGGGCUGCUUUUUUUUUUUUUGGGGGGUAUCAAAAUGUGUUAAGUUUACCAUCUACUAUAAUAGUAGAAGUGUUAAGUUCUUCACAUGUUGCUUCAAUAAUUG